AUGACCGACCCAGUGAAGAAAGUCCUCAUAUCUGGUGGCACGGGCUUCGUAGGUUCGGCCAUAGUGCGGGCUCUUGCAGAAAAACAUCCAAACUUUGUCAUCGCCGUCAUCGACCAAAGUCCCCCACGACCCGAGCACGUCCUGCCAGAGAGGACCACAUGCAUUCAGGUGGAUAUUACUUCAACUGAAGCAUUGAGCAAAGCAUUUGAGGCUGUGAAGCCAGAUAUCGUUGUCCACACUGCUGGAGUCGUCCCAGAUCUGGCCGAACGGUUUGGUCGCCGACUUGAACGGGAGGUAUGGAAGAUCAAUUUUGAAGGCGCACGGAAUAUGCUGGAUGUAUCCAAGGAUAGUGGGGUUGAAGUCUUCAUAUACACGAGCAGUUGUAGCGUGGUGAUCGACGAUACGCGUACCGCUCAUCCCAACAUCGAUGAAGAAUGGCCCUUGGCAUUCAAGUCAACCAUUUAUGGAGAGUCCAAGGCUACUGCAGAAGCGCUCGUUCUACAGGCCUCGAGAAGCAAAAUGGUGACAUGUGCCCUCCGGCCAUCGGUGCUCUGCGGACCAGGAGACUACCAGCUAGUACCAUCUAUUCAUGCAUGCAUCGCCAAAUAUGAAACCCCGUUUCUGAUCGGAAAUGGCUUCAAUUUGUGGGAUAUCACCCACGUCGACAAUGCCGCCGAUGCGCACGUCCUGGCCAUAGAGAAUCUGCUAUCAUCCCGCACCGCUGCAGGUGAGGCUUUUUUCAUUCAGAAUAACGAACCUAUCGUGUUCCGUGAUUUUUGUCUAGCAAUCUGGGCGCAUUUUGGGCACUUCCCGCCUUUUGAGAUGCAUAUCCCAAAGAGUCUGGCAUACUUUGCUGGGCUGGCGUGUGAGACUGUCACCUGGUUGAUGGGAACAACAACAACUUUGAGCCGCGGAAGUGUACAAGAUGCAUGUGCCGUUCGAUAUGCUAGUGGCAACAAGGCUAAGGAGAUUCUGGGGUACGAGGCACGCAUUGGUAUCGAAGAAGCCAUCCGAUUGAGUUGCGAGGUAAGCAGAUAUCACACGCGCAACUUAUAUAUUGUUCUCACCAAAAGAAUCCAGGAUUAUGCUUCUCGUCUCGGGGUAAAAUUACCCAUCCUCAAUAGUGGAAGCCGGCAAAAGCAGUAA